AACUUUGCUUUCUCAAUGGCGGCCGAUCGAUUAUUUUGUGAUGGGUAGGAGAAAGAUACUUAUUAGAUUCAUGUAGUUUUUAUAUUAAAUUUAAGUAGGUUAAUUGUAAAAGUAUGUGAUAGUAAUAUUUUCUGUGAAAAUAGCUGAACAAGUAAUAUAAUAAUGGCAGCAAAAACAUCGGAUUGGCGACCGGGUCCCACUGUGUGUCGUUGUUGUCUCGCAGAAGGGUGCUAUAAAGACAUUUCUACUGAAUAUUUUUGGAUGGGUAAACGGGAAGUUUACGCGGAAAUGCUUGCCGAGACCUUUGAUUUAAGUAUUGCAUAUUCACAAUCAGGCGGGCCCAAUAGCAACAGCCGUCUAAUCUGUGAACCUUGCAUUUCCCGGUUGCGAGAUGCCGCCGACUUUAAGAGGCAGGUGGUUGAAUGUGAGAAAAUGUUCCUACAGCAUCUGGAUCCGAGCAGUUCAAGCUUAUCUGCUAUUGAGAUUACAGCCGAGGAAGUGGAAGAGGAAAAAGAAUUAAAAAUUGAACAGGUGAAGGAGGAAAAGCUAGGCAGCGAUGAAGAUUUCGAUGAUGGGCCCCAUUUCGGCGAUGAUGAUGACGAUGAUCGUAAGUUUUUUCUACUGACAUUAGCGCUCGCGCUGUAAAAGCGAACCGGGUUCGGUCCCCGCCGUCACCAAUGAAAUUAUAAAUUACUUAUUUACCACAUAACCGACAGUCAGGAAAAUAAACAUCGUGAGGAAACCUGCAUAUGUAAUAAGUUUAAAAAAAGUCCGAAGACAUGUGAAGUCCGCCAAAACUCUCCGGAACAGCUCAGCAGCCUCAAUGCUCUAAAACCCUCUCAGAAAUAAAAGGAGGUUUGUAGUGGAGUAUUGCCAGUAGAGUAAGUGAAAUGCACACUGUCCAUCUGAUGGUAUGUGGAUGCUGUGGUCCAUAGACACCUACAUCUCUCCUCGAUUAAGAGCAAAAAUGUAACGUCGCUCGUCACCCUUGAGGUCCAAGAUGGAAUGUCUCAGUAGUCUUUGCUAGUAACAGGGUCUCCGGUUCUCUACACUCACUAUACGAUACGCAGCAGCUAUUAUUGCUGCUUUAAAUCUUUCUCACGUGUUUUCCAUGUUGGUAACUUUCCUUCUUCUUUUUAGGAUUCCCUACCCAAAGGGUAACCAACGGGACCCUAUUACUAAACCUCAGCUGUCGCUCCGUAUGUCCGUCCGUCUGUCAGCGGGCUGUAUCUCAUAAUCCGUAAUAGGUAGACGGUUGAAAUUUUUACAGAAUGUGUCUUUUGCCACUAUAACAACAAAUAAUAAAAAUAAAACUAAAUUAAAAAUGGCACCCCUACUAGAAACGUGUAUUACGAUGGUACGGUACCCCUCAUGCUCGAGUCCGACUCGCACUUGGCCGGCUAUUUAUCGAUCUGUAAAAGUUCAUUGUUCAUUGGGGUCCGUCUUUCAUUAUAGAGAGCAUUUGCUUUAAUCGCCACGCUGCUGCCAAUGUUGCUGGUCUGGAUAGUUUAUGUCUCAUGUGAACGAAAUGGUAUACCACCAGCUUUCAGAAGCCAGAGGAUCUUUCUGUGCCGUAACUACUUUUAACGACACCCAAGGGACGGAUUGGGGUGAAAUAUUCUACCGUCCUCUUCUGUGGUGGUGACUACAUGUUCAGUAACUUGUGUUACAUCUUAAUCAUAUUUUAUUCAAAGUCAUAUACUUUAGUUUUGGAACGAAGUUCUUUAUCGGACAGUACGGAUUUGGCGGAUGGGGGCUAGGCGACAAAAAGUAAGAUUUUUCCGUCACUAACACUACUGUCACGGUGCAGACGGCUAUAAGGAAGCGAGAUGGAAGAAUAUCUAUCUCCGUCGCACUUUUUCUUAUCUUGUCAUGAAAGAAAUAUUAUUUUAAAUGACGCUUCAUUUUAAUAGACGCUAAUAAAUCAUUUAUUUGUAUUUGUCAAUCAAUAAUAUAGUGCGUUUAUCAAUAAUAAUAUACUACGAAAGGAACUUCGUUCCAACCGAGUGUUCUACGACACUCACCCAUGUUUUUUAUAAUAAACAUUACUCUCACAUUAGGAUUUUCUCCAUGUGCCUCCAUUCAAUCCCAUGUGCCUGAUGAUGCCCUCGCACUCGCACUGACUUAGUGCCAAUUGUUUGUGUUCCUUUUUUUUAAUAAACAUAAACAUUCACACCUGUCACUCAGAGGAAUAGGCAGAGACUAUGGAGUUCCAUUUGGCACGAUCCCGACACACCUCUUUCGCAUCCUCCACAUCUAUAUACCUACGCAUACACCCUCGUCGGGUAAAAGUUUUUUUUUUAUAGGAUUAGGGUGAUAAACAAGCACACAGUCCACCUGAUGGUAAGUGGUUGCUGUGGCCCAUAGACAUCUACGUCUAUCUUCGAUUACGAAUCAAAAUGCAGAUGCGUUGUCACCCGUGAGGACUAAGAUGGAAUGCCUCUUUUCCAGUAAAAAGGGUCUCCGGUUUUCUACACUCACCAUCCGAAACACAGCAGGGUUAAAUUGCUAUUUUACGCUGGUAUUCUGUGAGAGCGUGGUCCUUCCCCGGUCGAGCCGACCCAUUCGUGCUACAAAUAUACUAAUAUAUAAUAUAGCUGCAGCAUGGCUCUACCACAUAAUUAACAGUGCUUUUAACGGAAGUACCAUUAACCAAUCCAACUAAGCUUAAAAUGCUUGUGGUAGGAGUGGUUCACGACAGUAUUCGAGUGGCAGAUUCGAACUCACCAGUUUUGAGUUUCGCAGUCUGUAUCCUUCUGGUUCAAAUGUGUGGUAUGUUCUUAAUAUAGGAAAAACAGACCCUGGAAAAUUAUUACACUUCGUUGCUAUAUGUGUUACGAAAGACUAAGUACAGCCUUUAGUUCAAAUGUGUGGAAUGUUCACAAAAAAGGCCUCUAUCCCUUAUAUAACAAUAUAUUUAUUUAUUUAUUGAAACUAAAGUAACAACUAUCAUGACAGGAAUUACCUAACGUACUGUCACAUAUUUCUUUUCAUGAGUAACAAAAAUGUGGUCAUUAACUGUACUAAUUGUAAACAAUCCUAGUCUAGUGAAUUUACUCAUGGUGCAACAGAAUAGGUCAAUGUCAUUGUACGAAUUCAUCAUUAAUGUCAAUGUAUAUGUACACUUAAUACUAUAAUUUAGUAAUCUAUUAAAGAUUGCUGUUUCCUUAGUAGUGAACUUCAACAGAUUUAAGAAUUUGCACUGCUGUAGCGUUCAUUAAUAUAGCUGUAUUUUUACUAACAUGCAUUUAUAACUAGUGUAUUUCCAUUUUAGUUGACGAUCAACCGUUAACAAAACUGGCUAGUAAGCUCCCAAAAAAGGAGUCUGUGGAUCUGUUAGACCUUAUCGAUAACGCCAAAGUGGCGGAAAAGCGAAAGUCAACGGUCAAAGUAAAAGCGACGCCCAUCAAGAAAGUAAAACUGAAAAAGGAGACCAAAGCAUCGGCCAGUAAAGCUAAACCGGAGAAGAAAAAGAAAGACGAGACGGAAGAUGCUGUGCGUAAGAACGCGGAAACGCUCGUACAUUACGCGACCGCUUACCCGUUCAAAGUGAUUGAAAAGUCAAUAUUAUGCGUCUACUGUCACGAGAUGUACACGGACCCCGAAGUCUUUCGGAUGCACAUGGACGACGACCACAGAACUUUCAAUCUGAAACUUGCCUUCCACAAUAUACCUAAAGCCGACUACAUCAAGGUCGAUUUGUCUGAUCUCCGCUGCAGGCUAUGCGACGAAAAGCUCCCAGACCUUAACGCGACAGCCGACCAUUUGAACACUGUACACGGCAAGACGAUAGACACGAGCGCGAAACUGGGCCUCAUGCCGUUUGUGUUGCAAAAGGGUUGUUACGUUUGCGCUGUAUGUCAGUUGAAGAUGCCUUCGCUGACAGUUCUAUGUCGGCACACGAUAACUCAUUUCCUGGCCUUCGUUUGCAAAGUGUGUGGAAACAAUUACUUGACUGCCGCGGCAUUGAUAAGACACGAGCGCGCUAAGCAUCAGUCAUACGAAGUUUCGUGUAAGAUAUGCGGCGAGGUGUUCCCUAAUGCGGAUGCGAAGGACCUUCAUAGGCGUAUUGGCAAAAAAUGCUUCCCAUACACGUGUAGUAAAUGCCCGGAGCGAUUUAUUGACUGGAACACCAAGAUGUACCACUUGCAUUAUGACCAUGGGGAGGGCAAGAGGGACGCGUAUCAGUGCGACGCGUGUAGUGUCAUGUUUACUGAAGAGAAAGAGUAUUAUAUGCAUCUCAAAUUGGAGCACUCGCAGGAUUCUGCCGUUUGUACCAAUUGCGGCUUGAAGUUCACUUCCAUGUACGCUCUAAAGCGACAUCUUGCGGAUAAUUGCGAAUAAAAUUGUCAGAAUGAUUUCUUAUAUUUACGCGAACACUACACACAUUGAAUAAAACUACUUUUUAUGGAUUUUAUCGCGUUUAAUUUACUUAUUUUAUAUUCCCGACGUUUCGUUUGCGCUCCAGCAACCAUGGUCGAUAAAAUCCGUAAAAAGUAAUUUUAUUCAAAAUUGUCAGAAGUUAGAAUUGGUACCAGAAAAUAUUCCUGUAAGGGUACUGAAGCAUUGUGCGCCCGAUUUGUCUCCAGUUCUGACGCUCCUGUAAUGCCUCUCUCUUAAAACUAGAACGAUGCCCAAAUCUCGGAAGCUUGCCAAUGUGCAGCCAGUACCCAAGAAAGGUAGUCGUGCCGAUCCCUGUCAUUAUCGAUCAAUCAAAAUCGCCUCCAUACUCUGUAAAGCUAUGGAAAAGGUAUUGAACAGUAAGCUGCUGACAUACCUUGAAACAAAUGACCUCCUCAGUGAUCAUCAAUAUGGCUUCGAUGGAAUAUGGCUUUUAUGGUAUGUCACGCACUUCUGGGGCGAGGCCAUCGAGAAGAACAGUGAAGCUUUAACAGUUUCACUUGAUAUCUCGAAGGCGUUUGACAGAGCUUUGCACGCAAGUCUGCUGAGUAAGCUUCCUGCUACGGCAUCCCCGAAGAAUUUUGCAUCUGGAUAUCUGGUUUUCUGACUGAACGAUCGAUCAGGGUAGUUAUAAAUGACUGCUCUUUUGACCUAACGUAUAUUAAUGCCGGAGUUCCUCAGGGGUCUGUUUUCUCUGCGACUCUGUUUCUGCUGCACUUCAAUGACCUAUUUCUACCAGGGUAUUGGAUAUUGGGUAUGCAGAUGACAACACAGUCACAGAGAGAUUCAUGUCCAAUGCAAAAGACAGAGGGUCAGUAAUACGUUCACUCAGAGUCCAUGGUGGAGCGGAUAAAUACAACCUUAAGUCUUUUAUCCCAAUGGGGUGAUGACAAUCUGGACACUCAACGCCGCCAAAACUGAGUUCGUUUAACUUAUUUACUUAUUUUCCGAGGUACAUCUGUAGACGUUACUGAUCAUCUCAAGCUUCUCGGCAUACAGUUGAGUGCUAAACUCAAAUUUGUCGCCAACAUUGAGUCGAAAGCAUAAACUGCGGCCAAAAAACUGUGUAUUUUUAACAAGGUGAAGCUAUACUUCACGCCUGGACAGCUUCUAACUUUAUAUAAAGCUCAAGUCCGAACAUGCAUGGAGUAUUAUAGUCACCUUUAUGAUGGCUCAGCAAAUUAUCAAUUUGCCGCACUCGUAUCUGUGCAACGCAGAGCCAAGAGGUUUAUCGGCGACAAAUAGCUGAUGAAAUCUAAGCUUCACAGCUUUAGAUCACCGCCGCCAAGUUGCUUGUUUGUCGGUUUUCUACAGAUUGAACUUCGGAGAGUGUGCCCAUGAGCUUCAAAAGCUCAUACUGCCAUCUCCAUUCUCCUAUCGGAAUACCAGACGUACUCCACACUUGGUUGAAAUUCCGAUAAACGCACUAAGCGCUAUAAUUCAUCUUUCAUAAUGCGCACAGAUAAGGAGUGGAAUGCCCUGCCGGCGUUUGUUUUUCCGAGUACAUAUAACCUCAACCUCUGCAAGGUGCGUGUUAACAGGUUUCUCCUGGGCUAACUCGCUCCAUCGUAGACCUCAUCUUUGCCGCCGAGACAGAUGGAGGUCAAGAGUGAGCCUAGUUUAAUAAUAAAAACGGGUGCCGCAUGGAAACGGGAUACUUUGAACGUUUGUGCUGACAACCCUAUAGUGCGGAUCGAUAGCUGUACGGAUCCAAUACGUAGUUGAAUAAAAUAACUUGUACGGAUUUUAAUGCGCUUAAUUUUUACUUUUUUUUUUAUCAACAAAAUGGUUCAUAAAACCCACCUAAAAGAACAUGUACUGGUACUGGUAGUUGAUGUGAAGCACCGACGCUUCGUCCGACCGAAGCGUCGUUACCAUUACAUCCGAUCAUUGAUAGACUGACUACUAAUCUUCACAAAAGAACACCGAUUCCAACCAAGUAUGAUUGAUUCCCGUUGCUAUUUAAAUUAAAGAAACACCCUUAUUUUAAUAAAGACGAUGGCUGGGUGCUAAUAUUCUAGGAUUUUUUAUUGACCAAUUUACGUGUAUGUUUCUAUAUUUAUUAGUGCAAACUACGUAAACUACUUUCGUACUUUGCGGCCCCUCUGUAUUUUGCGAUUCAGCAUAAUGUAGUCAAACGGCUUAGGAUUUGUAAGUAAGCAUCUAAAAAUGUAAUCUUAUGUCAAUAGAAAUGUCAUUUUCUUCUUCUUGUAAAGGCUGUCACAUGUUAAUCAUUUAUACCUAAUAAAUUUAAGUAUA